AUUUUCAACCGAACCGUGUUUUGUAUUUUGUUUGGAAAAAAAUAAAAUUCCCAACAAAAAUACAAGCUUUAUUUUCAACCGAAUCGUGUCUAACGUGAAACGAAUGUGGUAACCAACAGAGCCGUAGUUUUCCAAAUGGGGCUGCGGCCUACGGCUACGAGUCGCGGCCAGUGGAGCAAACAAGAAUAAAUGGCCGAUGACAAAGAACAUCAGAAGCCAAAAACAACCACAAAACGCAGGACAGUAAAAGGACCCAGUUGCACAACCUGCGGGCCUGUACACUCCUCACUCUUCCGGAGAUUCGAUUUGCACGAAUCUCACUUUCCUUUCUCCUUUCUGUCUUUUGUCUAAUCGGCCCCUCUGUUUUUCUCAUUUUACUUGCUUCUCUGCGGAUAGGAAUGGUGACCGAUAGCAAAGCUAAAUCCGCUAUAUCCUUCGCGGGAACUUUUGCUAGUAGCGCUUUCGCCGCAUGCUUUGCCGAGAUAUGCACAAUUCCCCUUGACACUGCAAAAGUUAGGCUCCAGCUUCAAAAGAAAGCUGUUGCUGGUGAGGGACUGGCUUUACCAAAAUACAGGGGUAUGUUGGGCACAGUUGCCACCAUUGCUAGGGAAGAAGGUCUAUCAGCACUCUGGAAAGGCAUUGUACCUGGGCUUCACCGACAAUGCCUGUUUGGAGGCUUAAGAAUUGGGUUAUAUGAGCCUGUUAAGACCUUUUAUGUAGGCAGUGACUUUGUUGGAGAUGUUCCUUUGACCAAGAAAAUUCUUGCUGCACUUACUACUGGUGCUCUGGCAAUUACCGUGGCAAAUCCAACUGAUCUUGUGAAAGUUAGACUUCAAGCUGAGGGAAAAUUACCACCUGGUGUGCCAAGGCGCUAUACUGGAGCAUUGAAUGCUUAUUCUACAAUUGUUAGGCAGGAAGGCCUUGGUGCACUUUGGACUGGGCUUGGACCCAACAUAGCACGAAAUGCUAUUAUAAAUGCUGCUGAACUUGCCAGCUAUGAUCAAGUGAAGCAGACAAUUUUGAAAAUUCCUGGGUUCACAGAUAACAUUGUCACUCAUCUUCUUUCUGGGCUUGGGGCUGGUUUUUUUGCUGUUUGUAUUGGCUCCCCAGUUGAUGUGGUUAAGUCAAGAAUGAUGGGUGAUUCUGCUUACAAGAGCACACUGGAUUGCUUUAUUAAAACGCUUAAGAAUGAUGGGCCUUGGGCUUUCUAUAAGGGCUUCAUUCCAAACUUUGGGCGGCUAGGAUCCUGGAAUGUGAUCAUGUUUCUAACCUUAGAGCAGGCUAAGAAAUUUGUCAGAAGUUUAGAAUCCUCUUGAGCUAUAGACAACAGUCUAGCCUGCAGUGCAUGGAUUUUGCAUGGAGAUGGAGGUCGUCCUGAGAAUAAUAAGUUUCAUUACCUACCAUUGUCAUUGCUAUUCCUAAUUUAGAUUGGUGAGGAAACUUUAUGUACUCAAAAUGCUUAAAAACAUUCACCGUUUGGAACUGUUUAUGUACUUUUUGCUUUUUUUUA